AUGGUGCACGACGGAAAUGGAGUUGGAAGAACAGGUCGGGCGCUGCCAAUCCAUGCACCAAUCGAGUCACCAGUGGAUGGAGGAAGGGGAGGUGGAAGAACACGUCCUGUGCUGCCAAGUCGUUCACCAAUUGAGUCACCUGUGCUUCAGAGAAGUAGGGAUGGUGGAAUAUCAUGCGCGGUGCAUCCAAUGGAAUCACCUCUGAACAAUGAUUUUAUGUUAACUCCAAGGAUAUCCCCUAGAGAACAUCGCACAGGAGUACACAGAAAUCUGGAGAAGGAAUACAAUGGUCUACAUAGACCUAUGAGAAGUCAAGGUCGUCGUUCUGUACCACCUCCCGCAGAGAAUGAAAUACAACAACGUUCAAAUCAAUUGCAUAAUAAUCGAACACAAGCAUCUCUUCAUCCAUCUCGUCGGUCAACACAAAAAGUUAUUCAAAGUUCAACAUCUCAUCAAUCACAGCAUAAUGCUCUUCGAAGUUCAUCUUCGCAGCAAUCUCGCCGAUCACAACAGCGGAACAAUCUACAUGAUUCUCCAGCUGAAAACCAUAAUUUUUCGCAACCCAACCGAUCGCGAUCAGCGUCUAAUUCUCCUGUAGCAAAUAAUGAAGAAGUUGGCUAUUCACUGCAAGAUGGUCGAACACAACGUACCACAAGAAAGAAAACGACUAAUCUUGCGGUUGCCAAGAGGGGGAAGGAGAAAGUAAGCGUGUACGUUUUUAAAGAAAAAUUUUGUGGUCACUAUAGACAUGAGCUUAUAAACUCUAUUGGGUCGUGGGUAAGGCAAAGGGACAAUUGCCCACUAACAUAUGAUAAAUUUGAUGAUAUGCCUGAACAGAAGAUUGCCCGAGUGAUCCAGAAUGUCCGGGACCACUUUAUUCUCGUUCCUGAUGAUGAAGGGGCUGUCAAAGUGAUCAAAGACGUGAUGAGAAAUGCCUAUAAGGCAUACAGGCACAAACUUCGUCUAGCAUACAUAAAAGCUGGGGGUGAUGGGUUCGUUGGAUCAGAUGGCCACCUGGAGGCUUUGGCACACCCUCCCGAAGAUUUCCCCAACAAACGUGAUUGGGCUCACAUGUGUGAGCACUUCACCACCGAUGCGUUCAAGAAAAAUUCUGAAAGAGGACGUCUUGCUGCUGCUGCGAAGCAACUCAACGGUAUCAACCACAGUAAUGGCAACAAAAGUUUCACUAGUAUCGAAUACGAGUUGCUGCAAGCCGGAGAGCCUUGUGAUGCAGUGACUUUCUUCCGACGAACCCAUGAUCCUGAAAAGAAAAUCAACGCCAAAUGCAAAGAAAUGAGUGAAAAAAUGAAGGCCAUGAAGGAAGCCGCAGAUCGGGGAGAAACUAAUGACACUCCAGAAGAGAUAUUUAACAAAGUUCGUAAUGCUGGAUGUUCGGGUAAACGUCGUCGCAAGGCUCAUCCAACUAACUACAGUUUAUACCAGAAAAAAGAAGAAGAAAUGGACGAAUUGAAAGUAAGAAUGGCAUCCUUGGAACAGGAAAACAAAAGGCUUAAGAAAGAAACAGGUCCGAACGCGACAAAGAAGUGGUUGAAUGAAUAUCUUGUUAAAAAUGGCAUGCCGACUAUGGAAUUAUCAUCUGAAGAUGAAGCGGAAGAUGCUGAUGUGCACGGGAGUCAAAUUCAUGAACAUCGAGAUGCCUUUGAAGGUAGUGAUAUGGAAGCUGAAGAGGAGGAUGUAGAGGCCUUUGCAGAUGGUCAAGAAGAAGAUGACGAGGAGAAUCCGGACAGGGAACUCGAAGAGGAUGAUGAAGAAGAAUAUGUUGAGGUUUAGAUGCAUUUAUUAUUUCUGUUAUUUAGAGUCUCUUUUUAGAAAGAUCUAGCUUAGAUCUUAG